AUGAAGAGAAAACGUAGCGCCUAUAGCUGUGCGGGCGGCCGCAAGAAAGCAAAGGGCGUCGAUGACCAAUCUACCAAGGCCACCACUGUUAAUGCUACUCAUCCGGUCCUACAACGCCUCUAUCCCGAAGUCCUUACUCUGCGCCAGUAUCUGCUCUCUCGGCUCCCAAGCUCGUCGAAGAACAGGUACCGAAAGCUUUCGCAACUUGGACAUGCCAUACCUGCUGGAGACAAAAACACCGCGGACGACCUUGACAAUGCCGUUGUGCAGUUGCUCGACUCAGCAUUAGUAUGCACUCCAGGCGUUCAACUAGAAAAGGAAAAAACAACGAUUUUCAGUGAGGAGCGUGAAAAGGAUAUCGAAGCAUUUACCCAGCAACGAUCGCAAAGCACUCCGGGCGGCACGUUCAAGCCGGGAUACUACAGACAAUCCGAGGGUGGUGACCGCAUUAUAAUGGACAUGCUUCUGGAGUGCUCCAUAUUCAUCUUGGUCAGUGCUGAUAUGGGCAACUACUAUCAGCUCUCUGGGGUUCCUGUGCAUGAGGUGAAAUCGGAUGAACCUCAGAAGAGCAACAUCGCAAGAGUCAACGCGGAUAAGGAAGCGCCCACCAAACCUUCACAGCUUAAGAUUGAAAGCAAAAAGCCUGGUACCAUUACAUUUGUGCGCAGUCGCAUGCUGUAUGCGAAAGCAGCGCUCAAUGCGAAAGGUGGUGUGAGAUUUGGCAUGCGCCAUAUUCAUGUUCUCAAUCGAUGCACUGAUCGAAAAGACAAGCAAGAGACAGUGCAUGUCAUGCGGUAUAUCUUCCCGCGUCAGUUCGGGUUGCACAACGUCUUCACUUCCAAGGUGGAUCAUCGUGAGACAGCCAUGCCGUUCAAAGACUACACGCUGCGCGAGAAGGAUAUACAUACCGCCAUGUGCCGGGACCUAGGCCCGAAAGCGACAGACGCCCAGGAAAUAGCUAAAUGGAAACAGCGAAUACCCAAGAGACUACGGGGUGACGCCGUUAAACUGGUGGACAAACUUCGGGUCCGCAAUCAGCGGUGCUCGUAUAUGGAGAUGCUGCGCCACUACUGUCCAAUCGAGAUUACACAGAACAUACAGAUCACGAACAUAGCCUGGUUGCGCCCACCCAGCCAAGAUGACGACACAAAGGUGUCCAAGUCGGACAUAGAUAAGCGUACGGAGAUAUUUCUUGAGUUCGUCUACUGGCUCUUCGACUCUUUCCUCGUUCCUCUGGUUCGCACAAACUUCCACGUAACAGAGUCCAACGCGCAUCGGAACAGACUAUUCUAUUUCCGCCAUGAUAUUUGGCGGAUGUUAACAGAGCCCGCUUUGAAGGAACUACGGAUGAACAUGUUCGAGGAGAUGCCUACUGAAAGCACGGAAAGACUGCUGUCCGCACGCCAGCUCGGCUUCAGUAAUAUCCGUCUCCUUCCGAAGAAACAGGGCUUCCGGACUAUCAUGAACCUCAAGAGAAGACAGCAGGUGAUGCGAUAUGGGACUAUGACUCUCGGACGAAGUAUCAAUUCAGUGAUGACUCCAGCUUUCAACGCGAUUACCUACGAGAAGGUCAGUGGCCGCUUGCGUUGA